AUGGAGCUUACCCAACAUGGUUUCUUAGAGGAGCUACUACUGGCACCAAGAAGAGACAGUUGGAGCACCUACUCCUCCAACUCCUCUGGAUUGAAUGAGUUAUUUCCCAUUAAUGGAUGGAGCUUUGAUUCUUUUGAAGAAAACCCAGUUUUGGUUUCUUCAGUUAAUAAUCCCCCAUUUUCUGGGUUCUCCACACAAACCGAUCAACCACCAAGCUUUGAAGAAUGCCCAUUUUCUACUGACCAUCAUCAAGCCUCCUCCUCUUACCCUUUUGUUGAUGGACUCUGUACGGUCCCAGAGAUUGAUUCAUCAUACACCAAGGACAAUGACACUACUGCCCCCCCAUUUCCAUCACAAGAUCAAGAUUACCCUUCAAUGGUGGAAGAUGAGGAGUUUGGGGGGUUUCUUGGAAGUGAGAAUCAGAGAAGCUGUUUGGAGGAAAGCAAGAACAUUGCUACUUGCAAAGUUGAGAUGGAACAACAAGCCACAGAUCAUAUUCCUUCAGCUUUUAAUAUGGGUUUGUGUGGUGAGAAAAGAAGCAAGGCUAAGAAGUUAGAAGGGCAGCCUUCAAAGAAUCUUAUGGCAGAGAGAAGAAGGAGGAAGCGCUUAAAUGACCGCCUUUCCAUGCUCAGAUCAAUAGUCCCCAAGAUAAGCAAGAUGGACAGAACAUCUAUACUUGGAGACACAAUAGAUUAUAUGAAAGAGCUUUUGGAAAGGAUCAAUAAGUUGCAAGAAGAAGGAAUUGAAGAGGGUACUAAUCAGAUCAACUUAAUGGACAUCUCCAAGGAGCUAAAGCCAAGUGAGGUAUUAGUCAGAAAUUCCCCCAAGUUUGAUGUGGAGAGGAGAGACAUGGAUACCCGGAUAGACAUCUGCUGUGCAGCCAAGCCAGGAUUGCUGCUGUCAACAGUGAAUACUAUAGAAGCACUGGGCCUUGAGAUUCAACAGUGUGUUAUAAGCUGCUUCAAUGAUUUUUCAAUGCAAGUUUCAUGUUCAGAGGGAGCUGAGCAGAGAACUUUGUUAAGUCCUGAGGACAUAAAGCAAGCAUUGUUCAGAAAUGCAGGGUAUGGAGGAAGAUGUUUGUAG